GAUUAAAUCCCCAGCACUACAAAAAGAAAAAAGUAAACAGAUCAUAUUAACUAAAACAAUAUAUUAGAAGUAGUUUUGGGGGAAAUAGAUCACUUCAACUAAAAGAUUAUCUCUAAAGAGGACUAGGUGAGUGUGAGAGCAAGGCCCAUUGCCUCCAGGCUUUGAAGGAUAUUUUCCUUCAAACARAGGCAGCUUUCCAUCUUCAAGUUGCCUGCUACACAUUGUGGAGAUCAAUUUCAGGAUGCAGAGAUGCCCUAAUCAUAGGUCAAACUUGGCUCUGUUUUUUUCGUUUGUUGUUCUGCUGCUGCUGUUUAACCUUGGGAACAACAGCAAGGGCAAAUCUAGGCUUUCCCAGCUCAAAACUUUCAAAUGCUCCUUCAUUUGUUCUAGAGUAGCAAUCUUUCCAGGCCUUGUUUUGGCCAGGGGCUCCUGGUCCCAGCUCCCUGAACAUUCCCUCCCCGCCCUGCCUCCUCUACCCCUUUCAGUGCACUUAUAGAUGGACACUGCCAUGUACUGUACUAGCUAGAGACUAUUGGUGUCCUGUUCUCUGCAGCGUAAACACAUCCAGCUCUGCCCCCCACCCAUCUCUACAUGUAAAUGGCAUUCCUGAUACCUCCUUAAACCGGCCAUCAGUGGCCAGGUGACCUUGUUUAGCCCCAGUUUAUUCUGUAUCUUAAGACAAGUUCAUUUUCUAGGUCUGUUUCCUUACCUCUAAAAUGAAGAGUUAGAACUUAUAUUGUUUAAACGCUGCUUUGAAGGCAGAAAUGUCUUCUUGUACCUCCCCCACCAAACCUCCCCCCAAUACUAGUACACACCUGGCAAAAUCUUACUGAACUGACAAAAAUAAAUUUUUUGGUUUCUACCUAGUGCUUGGCAUCUAGGCUCAAUAAAUAACUACUGAUUUUAAUUGAAUGUUUGGGCACCCCACCACAUUUGUGCCCAUAUUCCAAAAGGACUUGAUGACAGAAGACGGAAGCAACAGUGUCUCUGUCUUCAGGAAGUUUGAGUUUUGGUGUAGGAGGCAGACCUAGCUCGUCCAUUUAACAAAUAUUUCCCCAACUCCAGUUAAGUGCAAAGGUGGAAAGUGAGGCAAGAGUAUUUCCCAGGCUCCAGACCAGAUUGCGAGAUUGAUUUCUGUCCGCCAGGGUCACAGGCAGAUGUUUUGACCUUCUCAUUGGUUGUCGCAGACCCUCCCUUAUGUCAGCUAACCAAUCCUGGACGCCCAGCCAAUCAGUUGCGGGCUGGGGGUGGGACGCAGAGCUGGACGCUGCGCGGAUUAGAGCCUAGUGGAGGAUGUCCCGGCCUGGACGGUCCCGUGGUAGGAGGAGCACCGAUGCCCGGCCCAGGCGAGCAGCGCUCACGGGACGCUGACCGUCGGGGCCAUGGAGGACGAGCAGCCCGACAGCCUGGAGGGCUGGGUGCCACUCCGCGAGGAUCUCUUCAGCUCACCCGAACGGCACCAGUUGCGCUUCCUGGUGGCCUGGAACGACGCGGAGGGCCAGUUCGCUGUGACUUGUCACGACCGCACGGCGCAGCGGCGGCGGCGGCGUGAAGGGUCCGCCCCGGAGCCUGCCGGGGCCGCGCCCAGUUGGGCUGGCCUGCUCUCGGCCGCGGGGUUCCGCGGCGCRCACCGGCAGCUGGCGGCGCUGUGGCCGCCCCUGGAACGCAGCUUCCCACAGCUACCGCCCSAGCUGGACGUGGCUGGCUGCGGGGCCGGGGACCGCGGGCGCGGGCUGUGGGCGCUAGUGUGGCCGGUGCGCGUUGGCCUCGGAGAGACGGCGCUACAGGAGCUCUGCGGGCAACUGGAGCGCUAUCUGGCCGAAGCGGCCGACGGCUGCGGCGGUGUCACCGUGCGCGACGCGCUCUUCCCCGCGGACAGCGGCGCGGCUGACUGCGAGAGCCCGCACGAGCUCCGGGAGCGGGCCUUGCGCGCGCGGCGGGCCGAGGCGGGAGCGCGGCUGCACCAGGUUCUUCAAGGACAUGAAAAAGCCAACAACAUGGUAUCAUUGAUGAAAAUUUAUCAAGAGGAAGAUGAAGCUUAUCAGGAAUUGGUUACUAUGGCAACCAUGUUCUUCCAGUAUUUACUGCAGCCAUUCAGGGACAUGCGGGAAGUUGCAACUUUAUGUAAGCUUGGUAUUUUGAAAUCCCUGGAUGAGGAUAAUCUGGGUCCUAAAAGGGUAGUUGCCCUGCAGAAGGAAGCCAAAGAAUGGAGCAGAMGUGCUGAAGAAGCUGUUGUCUCUAUUCAGGAGAUCACUGUGAAUUAUUUUAAGGAAACAGUAAAAGCAUUAGCAGGAAUGCAGAAACAAAUGGAACAGGAUGGGARGAGAUUUGGCCAGGCUGCCUGGGCCACAGCCACUCCCAGAUUAGAAAAACUCAAGCUCAUGCUAGCUCAAGAGACCCUGCAACUCAUGAGAGCCAAGGAGCUGUGUUUAAAUCACAAAAGAGCGCAAAUUCAGAGAAAGGUGGAAGAUCUUCCAGAAYAAGAAAAAAAUAUACAUGUUGUAGAUGAAUUAGAAAUACAAUAUUAUGAAAUUCAAUUGGAACUAUAUGAGGUUAAAUUUGAGAUAUUAAAAAAUGAAGAAAUACUUCUUACUACACAGCUGAACUCUAUUAAAAGACUUAUAAAAGAGAAACAGGAUGAAGUUGUCUAUUAYGACCCGUGUGAAAGUCCAGAGGAACUUAAAGGUAUGGAUCAUGUAGCCGACCUGCAACAUGGUGGGAACUUGGAGGUGAAAGAACUCAGCUUGCAGUGCCAGAAGCUGGAGGCCAAACGGGGCAGGAUCUGUGCCAGGAGAGCCUCGCUCAGGAACAGAAAGGAUCAGUGCAAAGAAAACCAUCGGCUCAGAUUGCAACAGGCUGAAGAAAGUACAAGAUAUUUUCAUCAGCAUCAUAGUAUUCAAAUGAAAAGAGACAAAAUAAAAGAAGAGGAGCAAAAGAAAAAAGAGUGGAUAAACCAAGAACGCCAGAAAACACUCCAGCGAUUAAGAGCCUAUAAAGAGAAAUAUUCAGUUCAAUCCUUACAGCAGACAUCCUGCUCGGAACCCGGGACUCCAAACCUGCCAGCUGACCUUCCCCGGCAGAGGUCCUCACCAGUUUCUCAKCCUGUGUCAGCCRCUCYCCCGUGCUCUGCGAAGGCCCAAAGCGCUCCUCUCGUACCUGAAGUUUGUACUGAGAAAACCCCCAAGGAUCGAGACUAUCACAGAAAUAUCCCUGUCCAGAUUUUUGUUCCAGUUGGUGACCGAACACACUUUAAAUCCAGUGAAGAGCUGUCAUUGUCCCCACCACAACAACAACCUCCUCCUCCUCCUCCUCCUCCUCCUCCUCCUCCUCCUCCUCCUCCCCCCCCCCCCCCCCCCCCCCCCCCCCCCCCCCCCCCCCCCCCCCCUCUUCCUGCUCUGGCCUCCUCUUCUCAAGCUGCCAAUCAUCGGAACUUAGGUCUUGGAACUCGGGUAAAAGAUGAUCAGCCACGUUCUCUAGUGUGUGGGUCACCUGCUGAGAGAUCACCCAGUUCCUUGGAAAGUUUUCAAUGCCCAGGAUCUAUGGAUGAAGUGUUGGCCUCCUUAAGGCACAGCRGAAGCCCUCUCCAGAAAGCGGAAGUGCCCUUUUCACCUGCUUCCCGCACGUCAGUCAACGAGCACAUUCUGGCUGCCAUAGGACAAGGGGUGAAACUAAAGAAAGUCCACACAGACUUGGGCUCAGGCCUCAGCGACAAGCCAACCAGUGACCUAGAGAGGAGCAUUAAAGCUGCAUUCCAAAGAAUCAAGAGAGUGUCUGCUGACUCAGAGGAAGACAGCGAUGAGCAGAGCCCCAGCGAGUGGGACCAUUAAGCAUGUCUCUAAGUCURACAAAGGUAGAUGGGCCACACAACACCYGAAAAGAUCAGCAAGGCGCCUGAUGCAGUGMCGCAUACCUGGAAUCCCAGCAACUCGGGAGGCUGAGGCAGGAGGAUGGCAAGUUURAGGCCAGCCUCAGCAAUUUA